AUGACCGCUGCUCGUAGCCGCUGCUGCCUGCAGGCGGCGGUGCUGCUCUGGGCGGCGCUCUCACCGUGGGCGCUCGCUUUAGUGGCCGCGGCCGUGCCGGCGCCUGUGGUGACCGGGCCGAUGUCCAGGGUGGAGGACGCCACGAUGUUUCGGAUAUACUACGGCCAGAGCUUCAAGGUCAUCAAGAACUCCGGCGACGGCAAGAGCUACCUUCUCAUGCAGAACACGUCCAAGAUGGCAUCAAAGACGAAGUAUUGCACGGGGAGGAUCAAGUCGUUCGUCAUCCCCCUCGCCAACUUCUCCGUCGACACCACGACUUCUCCAGUGUCAUUCUUUGAGGUGAACAAUGCAGGACACAAACUGAAACUCUGCAGCAUAGUCCAAUGGGAAUGGUUCCUCCUUCUGCAAGGGAAAAGAAACUCAGACAAAUAUCUGAAUAUUCGAUUCCACAUCAACUCCGAACUUAAGGCUAAGAAAAUUGUACUGCUUGGAGUGAUAGAAAACUUGAAAGGAAUAACAUCAAACCAAGUUGCUUCUCAGUGUGUGCUCCAAUCAUAUACAAGUGGAAAUGCCCAGCUUGUGAAUAGAACUGAUGCACAGACACUCUCGCAGUUUACCGCACAUUUCAUAAGCGAUACAGAUGAAGAUAGAGGUUGCAACUUUGCAGCAUAUGUACCCUUAGAAGAGGAUACACCAUUGCAGAUAAAGACAAACUACCUGUGCUUAAGCAAAGCAGCUGCAAACCUUAGCACAAGAUUCAAGCCUAUAGUAGCGUGGAUUGAAUUCACACAGGGGAUGUGGACAUUUGUUAAAGAAAGUUACACCUUACAGUAUGUCACAGAUGCAGGGGCAGAAAUUGUUGAUGCAACUAUUACAAAUAAGAGAUUUAAUAGUUCAGAUCCAGAGGACAUGGACAACUUCCAUGCUAUUCUUUGUACAGUGGACGUGGUCAUUGAUCAGACAUAUGCUUUGGAGCCUGCAGAGUACAAACUAUCCACUUUUUUGGAGAACAUUAAUGUUAGCCACGACUCCUGCUAUAGUUUUGUAUCAAACCGCAGCAUAUGGAGAUUUGACAAAAGGAUAGGAGCUUCUGGGACACUUGAUUGGUACGAUGGAGCUAUCUCACAGCCUCAGUUGGUUCUUGGAGAUCUCAUAGAAGUUUUCUUCCCAACAGGGAACUACACAACAAUUUACUUCAGGAAUCUUGCAAAGGCAUGA